GACACCGCUUGGCGGGAAACGAAAAUGUUCUUUGCAAAUCACGCAUUGAGCAGAACGUUUUAUCAACGAUAAACCAAGUUCAUACAUGUAGAUAGAUAGCCAUAGAAAGAUAUGGCCGAUAUUUUGACGCAUGUCUUUAGGACAUUUAUCCAACACAAUGGAAAAACGAAGGAUUUCAAAAUCAUCGCACCAUCAAAAUGCAGUACCUUGGUGGUCGGAGACUGUAGCGUCAACCGUUCGUUGCUGCUACUUGCGGCGGUGACGGCUGCCUCUGAAUUGGGGCUCAAAGUCUCAUUUUUCACUCAGGUUCAAAUUCAGAGCCUUCCAGGAUCAUUGCACGAAUCCAUGUCCAACCUGAGCCCCGACAAUUUGAAGAAAAUCACGUUUUCAUACCCCAGGUCCUUGGAAGAUUUGCUUCAGGAUGUGGCCUCUUUGCAUGAAUCAGCCUCUGGAUCUGCUGCCCCUACGUCGCUGAUCAUCGUGGACGGACUGGAGGGCUACCUGCGCGGGCCUGGAGUCAGUGGUGGCCUUCAGCAGGCGGAGCAGUCCUCUGCUGCACACAUCUCUGCUCUGCUGUAUGACACGGCUGCAUUUCUCUCACAGACCUUGGAAGAGAGAGCCAAUAGUCUGGCCCCCUGUCGGGUCAUAGCCUCGUUCCAGUCCGAGUGGGAAGGGCAUGCUGGUGGGGACUCCUCAGACCCUGUCCUCUCAGUGUUAGACCGCUACUUUCAGGUUAGGUGUACCUUGGACCAGGACUGGAACUCUGCCCUUGCUGUAGCAGGACCACAGGACACGUGGCAUGUUUACCUCUCUGGUGCUGGGAUCACAGAAGCCCCUAUUGCUGAGGAUGAGGAGGACUCAAGUCUGGCUCGAGAAUGGCGACUGGUCAUUUGCCCCAAUCACUCAAUGGAGUUUACAAUGGUUUGAAAUCUAUUAAAUGACUUACUAGUGGACAAGGAAGAAAUAAAAGACAUACAAAAAAACAUAUAUACUUAUAUUAAACAAUUGCAUUCCCAAAGACAGAUGCAAGGGGAACCGUUUUUUUCCCCAAUGCACAAAAUGGUUUUCACUAGUGUAUACAAAAUGUUUUCAACAAGGUUUUUGUGUGAAUUAAACCACUCUGACCGAAUUGUACUGUUCCUGACUGCUCUGGCACAAUAUAAUUUGAGUCAGUUCUCCUCCCUUGCCCUGUUGUCUUCUCUCCUACACAAUGUGACUUCACAUUCAACCAUUCAAUUCUAAUUUACAUGACUUUUCUGUCUUAACUGUUUUGCUUGUGGCGCUUUCUAAAAUCAUUUGUAGAGGGAAGAUUAGGCUGAUGUUAUAGACGGGACAGCAGAGAACAUCACGAAAACGAUGUGCACUCUUCAAUGGGGCAGAAGGCUGUGUGUUGUUAUUCUGGAUGGCCAGAUAGCUAACAACAAUGACAAACUGCCAAGUGGCUCGUUUCAGCUAGUUUUAUCUUGUUCUUGAUACCAUGUCUUGUUUUGACUGAUGUCAUGUCUACGCUAAUAUGGCAAACAUUAGCUAGCUAACCACCAACUGUAACUGUGUAUUUGAGACAACAAGUGCUCAUUGUACAACCUUUAUGAUUUCAAUUAACAUUGGAGAU